AUGCCGCGAACAAACACGUAUAUACCGAACGUGACGGCCGAUACAUUGAUGUUACAAGAGAACGACGAGGAUCCAUUAGAAGACUGGGAAGAGUCAGUGUCGGAAAUGUUUGAAUGGGUCGGGAUGGCGGCACUGGGUUCCCAGAGGUUAUCAGCGGGUGACCGCUGCGAUCCAUAUAUUUCGGUUUAUGCGCCUCCGGACCCAUCUCAGGUCGGCGACCUCACCGUCAUCGGAUGGACCGGCUUGAUCACUUCGGAAUUCUUGAGUCAAGUUGUUGAGACCAUCCUAUCACCGAACGUCGCCUCGCCUAGCUUCGUGUCCGUCACUGCGCACGCCGUCCCGACAUCCCCAGUAACCUACAUACCGGACGAUCCUCUCAAAGCGCAUCCUUCACUCCGCGCUCCCCACGUAGACGCGGAAGACACAAUUUCGGUUGUAUACAUGAGGGAGGAAGGCGCAGCUGGACAAGCAGGGUGUUCUUGGCUGUUGGCGGAGAGCAUCGGACGUUGGGACAAGAGACGGGGUUAA